AUGCUACUAGAUGGCUGCUUCAUCCUACACCGCUUGCUCAAGUACGCGCGCCGCGCGAAAAUGGAACAAGCUGGCCGCGGCGGCCAUCAGUUUGUCGACGACGACGAGGACUGGACUCAGGUUUACGGCAGGUGCUUUGUGUGGCAGCUGGUGACGCGCGACCUCCUGCUGCUGCAGAACCAGAUCCCGUUCUGCGUGAUACGGGAGCUCUUUCAGCAUCUGGGGAACGAGGACGAGUCCGAAGAGCUCCUGGUGACCGGAAGCCUCAGGCUUUUCCGCUCCCUUCGUCCCCAGAUGCUGCACCAGUCGCCCAUCGCAUGCCGCGGCGUGCACCACCUGCUGCACCUCUUCUACCUUUCAGUCGGCUUCCCACCGAGCCACCGCAGGCAGCAUUCCCGCCGCCGUCGAACCGAAGUGGUGCUAUCGGAGCUCCCUCAGUGGAUCCCGUGCGCCAAGGAGUUGGAGGAGGCUGGGGUCCAAUUCCGCAAGAGAGAGAAUGCCACGAGCUUCCUGGACGUGAGCUUCACCCAGGGCGUGCUGGAGAUCCCACAGCUGGAGCUCAACGACUCGAGCGAGUCGUUGUUCCGGAACCUGAUCGCAUUCGAGCAGACCUACCCGGACACCCCGCGCGACGUUUCCACCUACGCCGUCUUCAUGGACUGCCUCAUCACCUCGGCAGAGGACAUGAGGAUACUUGACCUGCACGGCAUCCUCGUCAGCCACCUCAGCAGCAGGAGGGUUGCAUGGCAUUUCUUCAGCGACAUCGGCGGGCAGGUGCACUGGUCGGCCGACGACAACUACCUAGUCGGCUUGAUGGACGAGGUGAACAGGUACAGGGAGCGCAGGCGUCACAAGUGGCGCGCGGCGCUUGCCCGCAACUACUUUAGCAACCCCUGGGUGACCAUGUCAGUGUUCGCAGCCCUACUCCUGCUCUCCAUGGCCGUGCUGCAGACCUUCUUCGCUGUCUAUGCCUACUUCAAGCCUCCCAAGUAA